AUGGCUCUGUCAUCCGCUCCCGCCGAUCUCCCCGGCUUCAGCCUCGACGGUUCGUUCAAACUGACAUUCUUCUACGACGGCGAUGAGUUGCUCCCCAUUCUGCAUCUCGACACUCACACAACCAUCGGCGCUUUUGCGUUCCGUCUCACCAUGAUAGUUGACGUCGUUACUCAACUUGCUUGCGAUGAACCCACUCUGAGCCUCCACACCGUCAGGUUUUGGGAGAAGGCCAAGGAAAACCUUCGCGAUGAUCUUGCUAUAUCAGACGCCGACCCCAAAGUCCUGGUUCGUCUCGCAUACCUCAUCGACACAUACCAGCGAGGCUGGGAGCAGCACAGAAGCACCCACCCCAACGAAGCUGCAGCCUUGCUUGAAGCCCCUCUCGAUUACUCAUCUGAGGCGAAGGAUGAGAUCGUGCGGCAAAUGAACAUGGCUUUUGCCCAAGCUGACGUUGGUCUACCUUCUCCCUCGUCCACCCACAAUGACACCGACACGGAUGAGUCUACUGAUGACGAUGAGACUGAUGACGACGACGAAAUUCACAUGAGUCCUGCCAUGCGAAAGCUACACAGGGUCAAGCCUGCCACCAUCCGCGAGGCAGAGCAGUAUGUCAACAAGCUUGAUGUCUCUGAUGAGGACAAGGCCAUGAUCAAGAAGCACUGUGUCGCUAUCCUCCGCGUGCAGAAGAAGGCUCAUGAGCGAGAUCAUGAGAAGGCACACGCCAAAGGCUACCGUCAGGGUGACAAGUCAGGCCGCAAGAUCCUGAACCAACAGAUGCAGGACGUACUCGACAUGAACCGUGAGAAUCUGGGGAGGGUCAAAGAGCUUGAGGCAGCGAUCAAAAAGGAGCAGGCAAAGGUUGCUGCCGUCACCCGCGAGGCUGCCCUCAAAGGUAUUGAGCCUCCCUACGCACGCGCUGCCGCGGUGAAGAGAGCACGUGCUCUCACCAGCCCAAGUGGUAGCACAGUGGCGGAGGCGAUUUGCAUUGAUCAAGAUUGA